GUGAUGUAUAUUGAUUUACCACUCUUUUCUAUUCCCCAAUUAGGUGAUCGGUCGUGCUCAUGAAGUCGGCUAGCUGGCGCUCUUUACGAGCAUGUUGUGAGCACAAUAAAUGUCAAUUUCCUACUCACUGAAGAGAGAAAACACGAAAGUGGAAGGAGGGGAUACCUUCCGCAGGACACCGAUGGGCUCACCAGAGGUUCAUCUGAAGGACUCUUCGUAUUUCAUCCGAGGAGAACAGCAUGAAACUGUCGGCACCCCGCCACUUCCAGCGUCUCGAAAUAUCCAUUUUCCGCCAUUCCCUUCUUUUGUAAUCGUGCCACAUGCACUUAUUCCACCCAUUAGAUUGCAAUUUCAAUCAAUAAUGUUGGCCAUUUUAUGGUGCUGUUGUAGACCAUAUGAAUACAAGUCACACAGACUGUGCUAACACGGACUAUACGGAGAUAUAACCAUGAAGUAAAAGAAUUUGUAGAUGCCUUGCGAUUUGUUUCUCCACCAAGAUGUUGUUGUCCAGCGUCUUGUCAAUAGGAGACUUGCCUCCAUCUCCGAGAAUGGACUCCACUUUCCGAUGUAAUCAGCUUUGUCCACUAUUGCCACACCCGUGCCUUUACCCAGCUGCAGAAAAAUUACGUCCUUCAAUAUCUGCAGAUCCUUGCUUGCCCACAAACAACUGAGACAUUACUUAAAUUGCCUUGGACCUG